GAUUUCAGUUUCUAGAGGAAUGGGGAGCGUGGGCGUGGCAGAGUUGAGGAGGUCACUUGAUGGCUUGUUGACCUAUCUGGAACCUCACUGGGAUUUUGUCAACUGCCACAUGGUCAACUACUUAACGGACGAUCACUGGCAGCACUUUGUGCCCGAACCACUACGUUUAGAGCUAAACACUGCCAAAGACCUGAAUCAGGCAAUAGACACACUAUUUUGGCGGUCGAAUCGGCAGAGUCAACAGUUUCCCGCCUUUGCAAGUUUCCUGGCAGCAGGCGAUCAUCUGCGUCUGGAGAACUAUGAGAAGCUAUUGACUACAGUGGAGCAGUUAGAGCAACAACUGGCGACGUCAACGCACACUCAGCUGAGCAUCAAGGAAUUUAUGAGCGCCAAAAAAUGUCAUGAGGUGGAGUUGACGGCGGCCCUUAUAGAUAAACUAGUUCAAAGCAAAAGUACCCCAAACUCGACUUCCUUUAUUGUUGAUGCUGGCGAUGGAAAAGGUUAUCUCUCAUCCAGAUUGGCGCUCCAGUAUGGACAUCGCGUGCUCGGCAUUGAUGCCAAUACGACAAACACUGAAAAUGCCUUAUCACGCAAUCGCAAGCUACAGCGCGCUUGGAACGGUUUAACGGAACGCGCUGAACUGCAGAGUCAAGGAAUAAUACCAGCACGUCGCGGCAAAAAAUCAAACCAACAAGAUGCAUCUAUAAUUCCACCCUCUCUGGAAAAUUACAAAACUACAUCAAGGUUCAUAACUACAGAACUGAACCUGAGUGAUUUACUGACAGAGCACUUUGACCAGCAGUCCAAUAACAUAUGCCUGACGGGCCUGCACACCUGUGGAAAUCUUGCGUCCACCUGCUUACAGGUGUUCCAUGCCCAGGACAACUGUCGCAUCCUAUGUAAUGUCGGCUGUUGCUAUCAUUUAUUGCGGGAACAUUUCUCCCAGCAAGAGUUCUUUGGCAACAAGGCGUUAAUGGAUCAGCAAGUAGAUUGUGGAUUCCCACUAAGUUGCUAUCUGCAGGAGCGAAAAGUAAGAUUGGGUCGCAAUGCAAGAAUGCUUGCUGCCCAAUCCAUUGAACGCACCUUGGCGGCCAAGGAGUUGCCCAACAUAACACUUUACUAUCGGGCACUUCUCGAACUUUUGGUUUGUCGGCAUGCCCCACACCUGAAAAACGAAUUGCAGGUGGGCAAAGUUAAAAAAUUUGACUCUUUUCCGGAAUAUGUUAAAAAGUGCGCAGAUAAACUGAAUGUACCUUGGUUGGCAACUGUAGAGGAAGAGGAACUGCUGUUGUUGCUGGAGAAACAUGAAAUAGAUCGUCAAUACUUGGAGCUCUUCUAUCUGCUCCGUAUGUCCUUUGCUCCUGUUCUGGAGAGUGUUAUACUGUUGGAUCGUCUGCUGUACCUCAAGGAGCUCGGCUAUGAGCACAGCUAUCUGAUUGACUUGUUUGACGCGGUUAUAUCACCACGUCACUAUGCAAUUGUUGCUAUCAAGCAAUAGGCGCUAAAUCUGGUUGAAAUCUGGAUUUUGACGUUUUACUGAUUAUCAUUUAAAUCAAUUGAGAAACGUGCAAUAGUCAAUUUGUAAAUAUGUUUUUCGCAAUGCAAUAGUAACAUCAAUUUAAAAGAACAACUUUAAAGUUUAUGACUGUCAGACACCCUAUGAUACCCGGUAAAUUUAUAAUUUGACUUGUAACAUUCUUUUGUAAUUUGUGCGAAAUAUUAAAAAUUUUCAAAAAAAUAA